ACCGGCCAUAUCCCCUGUCCAUGACAGACAGGUUCAGCAUUGACCCGGAACCGGAACCGGAGGGUUCCCAAACGGGCCUGCCAACAACAUUGCAGCAUCCUAUCUUGCGCGAUUCGAGAAAUCCAUGAUUCACAGCCGCUGUAAUAUAAGAUUCCCAACAUGCUCAUCGAUCUAAAGAUCACAUAUUCUGAAUCAUCUUUCGAUCACAUUCAUGAUGCCGGCUGUAUACAGAGAUUAUCGGACUAUUGCUGCGGAGAAACAAAUUGAGCGUCAAAGCAAGAUCCCUGAAGAGUGGCUUCUCCAUGAGAGCUACCAUGGACUCAGCAAUCUGAUAGAUAUACCGACCACUUGUGGAAUUUUGAGUGUUUUGGAGUGUCAUAUCACAUCCAGUCAUGAUGCCACGUCCCUGUUAGAGAAGCUUAGAAGCGGUGUUUGGUCUGCGGAACAGGUCACAAUCGCUUUCUGCAAACGAGCAGCCAUUGCUCAUCAGCUGACAAAUUGCCUGACGGAGAUCUUCUUCGACAAGGCAGUCCAGCGGGCUCGCGAUCUUGACAGGGAAAAACGAGCCAACCCUACGCGAGCCCUCCGCCCAUUCCACGGUCUUCCUAUCUCUCUGAAGGAUAGCUUCCAGGUGGCAGGAUACGACACAUCCACCGGAUUGGCAUGCUUCGUUGGCGAGCCAGCUGAGGAAGACAGUGCUACGGCAGCAAUGCUGCUCGAUCUAGGAGCUGUACUUUAUUGCAAGACUAAUCUUCCUCAAUCGAUCAUGACUGGCGACAGCGAUAACAAUGUCUUUGGCAGGACAUUGAAUCCUCGUAAUAUUGGAUUGACAGCAGGUGGAAGUACAGGUGGUGAAGGUGCUCUGAUUGCCCUCCGAGGUAGUGUUCUUGGUGUUGGUACGGACAUCGGUGGGAGUAUUCGCGUUCCUUCCGUCUGUAAUGGGCUCUACGGAUUCAGACCAAGCGUCGGAAUAGUGCCGCACGGCGGUGUGAGGGAUCUAACACCACCAGGAACAGAUGGUGUACGUUCAUCUGCUGGGCCUUUGGCGACUUCAAUUCGAGACGUCGCUCUUUUUCUGAAGACUACAAUGCAGGCUACGACCUGGCAGUACGAUAGCACUGUCAUCUCGAUACCGUGGACCAAUCAGACGCCAAAGGAGAAACUCCGAAUCGGUAUUGUUUUUGAUAAUGGAGUCCACACCCCUUCGCCACCCGUUCGACGUGUCCUGAAGAAAGUCUGUGAUUUUCUGAAGCUGAGUCAAAGCGUCGAUGUCAUCCCUAUCACUCUACCAAAUGUUCAAGAGCACUACUCAGAUCUCCUUAGCUACUUCACGAUGGAUGGAGGGAAGAAUUACUUGGACCUCUUUGCCAGAACAGGCGAACCAGAAGUGCCCUCUCUCAAAGCCAUUGGUCUUUCUUCAAUGAAGAGCACCGACUUGUUCGGCUUCUUCGAACUCAACGUACGCCGUCAAGCUGCUGCUAAAAACUAUCAGCGGCUGUUCCGCAACAACAGUCUAGACGCGAUAAUUAUGCCCCCCGCGCCGCAUACAGCUCUGCCUCCCGAUCAGUGGACUUCAGCCUCAUACACCGGCCUAUGGAACUACCUCGACUAUCCAGCCGUUGUCAUGCCGGUCGAUGUGGUUCGCCCUUCUGAUUUUGCCGACGAAAUCAGCAAUGCUAAAUACGGCGCGGAUGACACCCGCCUUUAUAGUCUCUACACCGGACCUGAGCUCUACAAGGACGCGCCUCUUUCCGUGCAGUUGGUUGGAUACCGUCACGCGGACGAAGCGCUGAUGCAUACAGCAUCUUUGGUGGAUUCGAUCAUUAACCGCGUAGAAUGACCAGAACCCCUGUCUAUGUCACAAAACAAUGCGCAAUGCCUCAGGAAGAUUUUCAGGACUUUGGUGUUUCGCGGUACUCGACUGCCAGCGCUCGUAAUUGCGUAUAUACACUAUCCCCUGAGAUUCUCGAAAUAUGCAACAUCGCGUUUGAACGUGACGAUACCUUUGUAU